GGUCUCCCAUGGGCUGGCUGGAACUUUGCUGGGUGAGAUGGCACUGUGUGCAAAAAAGCGCCCCCCAGAAGAAGAAAGGAGGGCACGAGCCAAUGACCGAGAAUACAAUGAGAAAUUCCAGUAUGCGAGUAACUGCAUCAAGACAUCCAAGUACAAUAUUCUUACUUUCCUGCCCGUCAACCUCUUUGAGCAGUUCCAGGAAGUUGCCAAUACCUACUUCCUGUUCCUUCUCAUCCUGCAGUUGAUCCCACAGAUCUCCUCCCUGUCCUGGUUCACCACUAUUGUGCCUUUGGUUCUUGUCCUCACCAUCACAGCUGUCAAAGAUGCCACUGAUGACUAUUUCCGCCAUAAGAGUGAUAACCAGGUGAAUAACCGCCAGUCUCAGGUGCUGAUCAAUGGAAUCCUCCAGCAAGAACAGUGGAUGAAUGUUUGUGUUGGUGAUAUUAUCAAGCUAGAAAACAAUCAGUUUGUGGCGGCGGAUCUCCUCCUCCUUUCCAGCAGUGAGCCCCAUGGUCUGUGUUACAUAGAGACAGCAGAACUCGAUGGAGAGACCAACAUGAAAGUGCGCCAGGCGAUCCCAGUCACCUCGGAAUUGGGGGACAUCAGUAAGCUCGCCAAGUUUGAUGGUGAAGUGAUCUGUGAGCCUCCCAACAACAAGCUGGACAAGUUCAGUGGAAACCUCUACUGGAAGGAGAGCAAGUUCCCCCUGAGCAACCAGAACAUGCUGCUACGGGGCUGUGUGCUGCGAAACACCGAGUGGUGCUUCGGGCUGGUCAUCUUUGCAGGUCCUGACACUAAGUUGAUGCAGAACAGUGGCAGGACAAAGUUCAAGAGGACAAGUAUUGAUCGCCUAAUGAAUACAUUGGUGCUCUGGAUUUUUGGGUUCCUGGUCUGCAUGGGAGUGAUCCUGGCCAUUGGCAAUGCCAUCUGGGAGCAUGAGGUUGGGAAGCGCUUCCAGGUCUACCUGCCCUGGGAUGAGGCGGUGGACAGUGCCUUCUUCUCUGGCUUCCUCUCCUUCUGGUCCUACAUCAUAAUCCUCAACACCGUUGUGCCCAUUUCACUCUAUGUCAGUGUGGAGGUCAUCCGCCUGGGCCACAGCUACUUCAUCAACUGGGACAAGAAGAUGUUCUGCAUGAAGAAGCGGACGCCUGCAGAGGCCCGCACCACCACCCUGAAUGAGGAGCUGGGCCAAGUGGAGUACAUCUUCUCAGACAAGACAGGCACCCUCACCCAGAACAUCAUGGUCUUCAAUAAAUGCUCCAUCAACGGCCGCAGCUACGGUGAUGUCUUCGACGUCUUGGGACAGAAAGCAGAGCUGGGAGAGAGGCCCAAACCUAUCGACUUCUCUUUCAACCCUCUGGCUGACAAGAAGUUCUUGUUUUGGGACCCUAGCCUUUUGGAGUCUGUUAAGAUAGGGGACCCCCACACACACGAGUUCUUCCGCCUCCUUUCGCUGUGCCACACCGUCAUGUCAGAAGAAAAGAAUGAAGGGGAGCUGUACUACAAAGCCCAGUCACCGGACGAGGGAGCUCUGGUCACUGCAGCCAGGAACUUUGGUUUUGUGUUCCGCUCUCGUACCCCCAAAACAAUAACCGUCCAUGAGAUGGGCACAGCCAUCACCUACCAGCUGCUGGCUAUCCUGGACUUCAACAACAUCCGCAAGCGGAUGUCAGUCAUAGUACGGAAUCCAGAAGGGAAGAUCCGACUCUACUGCAAAGGGGCCGACACCAUCCUGCUUGACAGACUCCACCACUCCAACCAGGAGCUGCUCAACACCACCGCUGACCAUCUGAAUGAAUAUGCUGGGGAGGGGCUGAGGACCCUGGUCCUGGCCUACAAGGAUCUGGAUGAAGAGUACUAUGAGGAGUGGGCUGAGAGACGGCUCCAAGCCAGCCAGGCCCAGGACAGCCGGGAGGAUAGGCUGGCUAACGUCUAUGAGGAAGUUGAAAGUGACAUGAUGCUGCUGGGAGCAACAGCCAUCGAGGACAAGCUUCAGCAAGGGGUUCCAGAGACCAUUGCUCUCCUGACGCUGGCCAACAUCAAGAUUUGGGUGCUAACUGGAGACAAACAAGAGACGGCCGUGAACAUUGGCUAUUCCUGUAAGAUGCUGACAGAUGACAUGACGGAGGUCUUCAUGGUCACUGGCCACACUGUCCUAGAAGUGCGGGAGGAGCUCAGGAAGGCCCGGGAGAAGAUGAUGGACUCGUCCCGCAGCGUCGGCAAUGGCUUCACCUGCCAGGAGAAACUUCCUUCUUCCAAACUCACAUCUGUCUUAGAGGCUGUUGCUGGGGAAUAUGCCCUAGUCAUCAACGGUCACAGCCUGGCCCACGCGCUGGAGGCAGACAUGGAGCUGGAGUUUCUGGAGACAGCCUGUGCCUGCAAAGCUGUCAUCUGCUGCCGGGUGACCCCACUGCAGAAGGCACAAGUGGUAGAACUGGUUAAGAAAUACAAGAAGGCUGUGACUCUUGCCAUAGGGGAUGGAGCUAAUGAUGUCAGCAUGAUCAAAACUGCUCAUAUUGGCGUGGGCAUCAGCGGACAGGAAGGGAUCCAGGCGGUGCUGGCCUCGGAUUACUCCUUCUCCCAGUUCAAGUUCCUGCAGCGCCUUCUGCUGGUGCACGGGCGCUGGUCCUACCUUCGCAUGUGCAAGUUCCUGUGCUACUUCUUCUACAAGAACUUUGCCUUCACCAUGGUCCACUUCUGGUUUGGCUUCUUCUGCGGCUUCUCAGCCCAGACUGUCUACGACCAGUAUUUCAUCACCCUGUAUAACAUCGUGUACACCUCCCUCCCAGUCCUGGCUAUGGGGGUCUUUGAUCAGGACGUUCCGGAGCAGCGGAGCAUGGAGUACCCUAAGCUGUAUGAGCCAGGACAGCUGAACCUCCUCUUCAACAAGCGGGAGUUCUUCAUCUGCAUUGCCCAGGGCAUCUACACCUCCGUGCUCAUGUUCUUUAUCCCCUAUGGGGUGUUUGCUGAGGCCACUCGGGAUGACGGCACCCAGCUGGCUGACUACCAGUCCUUUGCCGUCACCGUGGCUACUUCCCUGGUCAUCGUGGUUAGCAUGCAGAUUGGACUGGAUACAGGCUACUGGACAGCCAUCAACCAUUUCUUCAUCUGGGGUAGCCUCGCUGUUUACUUUGCCAUCCUCUUUGCCAUGCACAGCAAGGGGCUCUUUGACAUGUUUCCAAACCAGUUUCGGUUUGUGGGUAAUGCCCAGAACACCCUGGCCCAGCCCACAGUGUGGCUGACCAUUGUGCUAACCACGGUCGUCUGCAUCAUGCCUGUGGUUGCCUUUCGGUUCCUCAAGCUGAACCUGAAGCCUGAUCUUUCUGACACGGUCCGCUACACCCAGCUGGUGAGGAAGAAGCAGAAGGCCCAGCACCGCUGCAUGAGGCGGGUGGGCCGCACGGGCUCCCGGCGCUCCGGCUAUGCCUUCUCCCACCAGGAGGGCUUCGGGGAGCUCAUCAUGUCUGGCAAGAACAUGCGGCUCAGCUCGCUGGCGCUCUCCAGCUUCACCACCCGCUCCAGCUCCAGCUGGAUUGAGAGCCUGCGCAGGAAGAAGAGUGACAGUGCCAGCAGCCCCAGCGGGGGGGCCGACAAGCCCCUUAAGGGGUGAAGCUGGGACUGGAUGCCCUGGUCAAAGUACACGGGGCUGGCCAGGCACCGAAGGAGCCUCGUCUCAGAACUGCUGGUCCUCAUGCCCUCUGACCAGGGGGUGUCCUUGCUGCCCCCCUCCUCUCUCUGAUGUAGUUGUCCUGCUGUUCCCACCACGGGUGGCUGGGUCAUUCCCGGCAGAGUGGCUGGAGGGGGUGGGCCCUCAGGGCAGAGUAGAAGCUGGCCUUCUGGAACCAGUUUCAGUGGGAGAUCAGGUGUGGAACCAAAAACAGAAGGAAAAAAAAACUGUGAGAGAUUGGGUCUGUCCUGCCCUGCCCGGAAGCCGGCAAGGAGGACUCUGUAAUCUCCGUAUUUUUUUACUCCUACUCCCCAGAGGGGGCUGCAGAGCCUCUGUUCCUGAAUUACACGAGAAUGUAUCAUGCCGGGAAGCCAGACACCUGCUGGGGCCUCUGGGCCCCCACAUCAUGUGUGUCUCUCUUUGAUUGGUGUUUGUGUCCAGUUUGAUUUUGUCUUUUUGAUUUGGCAAGCGGAGGAGGUCUUUAUGUGACUUUUCUGUUGUGGCCGGUAUCUUAACUGUUCUGGGCAAGAGAAGGCAGGCCCACGCUGGGAUGUCCAGCGAGGUCCUGGCCUGACCGUGUGUUGAAUGUCUGGGGAGGGACCACAUGGCAACGUUAGAUCCUCCAGCAGCUGGUGGGCCUGUGACAGGGAGGCUGACGUGGGGAGGAGGAACCUGUCAGCUAAGAAGGUGCUGGAGAGUCUAAGGGGGAGGUUAGGUCCUCUUUCCUUCUUCACCUUGAGAGUAAAAUGUUGUCGCCUGACCCCCCACCUCAGCACAUAUAUGUACCAAUUCCUGGAUUCCACAAGUCCUGCUGGUUUGGACUGGAGCCUGGGACAGUAAGCCCAUCCUCCUCAGUGAGCUGAAGCUGGGUAUACAAUUUAGGUUGGGGCGGG